GGCGAUGCCUAGUUUAUUUUUGCGGUAAAAAAGACCGUGUAAAUUUUCUUUUGUGACACCCUUUAGUGCGGUGGAAAGUGCUCAUUCGGGGCACAAACUUACGUAAAAGUCUGUCCCCGAAUGAGUUCAAACAUCUACGUUCUUGCCCGUGUCCUUGCGCUCUUUUAAAUUUUUAUGCACAAACUUAUUCGAUUAAAGUUUGGAGCUGCAGCCUCAACCCUUUUUCGAAGUAAAUUACAAAGAACCGCAUCGCGCUAACUCUGUUACACGGCCUACCUGGCGGUACGCCGUAUUCGAGGUGUGCUUUUCUCCGGGAAUGUCAAAAGACUGAUGAGUUUUUCUCCGGACCCGCACAAAAGUGGAAAACAAGAUGUUUGCCAAAAGAAUCCCGUUCGUCAUACAUCGAUGCUUGGCACAACGGACGUUUCAAGCUGCACAACUGAAAUUGUCCAAGUCCUACACCUCUGAUGCGUCAGUGGACAAGCAUCACUCGUUGACAUCUCGAAGCUCGAAGUUGGCGCUCACUUCUCAAACGACGCUGAAGGAUGCUGACAUCAUAACGGAACAGCUGCACAAGGCCAAGUCCAUCGACAAGGUCCUCGAGCUUGUUAGCCAGCACCACGGUGUGAUGAAUAACAGCCAAGUGCUGUCUGCAUUUGACUGCCUUUUUGAAGCAGCGAGGGAAGCAGGGACGACAGACUACACGGCCAUCACAUCGCAGCCAAGCUUUCGGGAACUGUGCAACCGGGCCCUGAAGCGCAUGCGUUUCUACGAGAUUGAAGACACCAUCUCGCUGUUCAAGAUGGCCACCUUCUUCAAGAUCCCCGCCAACACGGGCCUGGUACAGGCCAUUGCACAGAUGCUGAGGCACAGCAUCAAUACCCUAUCCCUCCAGCAGCUCAUGUUCAUCAACAGCCUGCUGGUGCAGCAGAAGAACGGCUCCUCACUGACCGAAGCACUCAAGAUGGCCGUGCCCCUGGUAUUCCAGACCCAGCUACCCAUUCAGCUGGACUUCACCAACGCGGAGGAUGUCGUGCAGUGCUUCAAGUUUGCCUACCAGAAGGAGCUCGACCCUGCGCUGAUCGAGAAACUGGCGGUGUCCCUGCUGUCGCACGUGCCCAAUCUGACGUCCGAGCAGGCGGCCACCCUGGUGCUGACCGUUGGCCUCACGGCGCCGUCGGCGUCCUCCGCCAUCCCGGGAGUUCUCGACCUGGUUACAGCUGCUGAGCGGGUCGUCGUCUCCAACCUUGGCUCGUUCCCUCCCAAGGCCAUCCGUGCCUUUCUGUCCUGCUUCAUGCGUGGCUUCUACUCCAAAGACCUGCUGGAGGCCCUCGUGCGCAAAGGCAUGCAGGAAGGCUGGGAGCUCUGGCAGAUGUCGCUGCUCCUCCAGGGCUGCCUGCGCGCCAAGUACGCGACUCCCGAGCUCUCGGAGUAUGUGGCAGAGCGGGUGGUGAAGGAGGCGGGGACGGUCUCCGACGACGGCCGCGUCUCCAUCGUGGUGUUUGCCCAGGCCGCCGCGGCGUGCCCGAAGAACGCCCCGACGUUCCGGGAGGCGGGCCAGGUGCUCGCGCUGUGCAGGGAUAAGCUGCACCUGGCCCAGCUGGCCGUGCCGCACCUGUUCGUUUCGACGGCGGUGAGCCUGGCGUCGCUGCACUGCUACCCCAAGGAGGUGCUGGACGUCGCGUUCAGCGAGGAGUUCCUCUCCAAGGCCAGGUUCAAAGUGCCCCAGAAGCGCUGGGCUGGCAUGCUGCGGGACCUUCUGCAGCUGGAGCAAGGGGUGCGCAUCGAGCUCAAGGGGGGCUACGAAGGACCCCUGCUGCCGGAGUCCCUGAGGCAGGAGGCCAUUGCCCUGGUGGCCAGGGAGAGCAGCACCCUGCUGCCCCUCAAGAAGAGCCUGGAGGUGGCCCUGGGAGGAGGCCAGUUCCUCAAGGCCGCCCUGUGGACGCGCCAUGGCUACUUUGUCGACUUUGCUGUGGUAAUGAGAAAGGGUGAAUAUCCAAUGGCCAUCAACAUGCAGCCCAUGCAAGACGAAGAUGGAGAGUUUUCUUACAUCGAAGACUUGACUGUACCUGAAGAUUCUAAAAUUCUUACUGUGGUAACUGCUGAUGCAAGUAGCUACUGGAGGGACACGGCAGCUCUGCGAAGAAGCGUUGUCACCAAGCUGCAUCACCUAUCCACAUUGGGAUACUGCCCACUUCUGGUAAAUGUGGAUCAGUGGAAGUCCUUGAUGGACCACGAGAAAAUCCCCUAUUUGAUGCGAGAAGCAAAGGCUGUCUUGAGCGAAGGCGAUGCUUCGUGGGCAAUGCACAUGAAGUAGUGUAUAGGCUGCAUAGCAGUGUUAAUAAACCAGUAUAUCUUUACGUGA